AAUUCUCUGACCGCUGACGUCACACGACGCAAGACAAGCUCCAGACGUUAAACGUUCUUGACAGUGCGAAGAAGCACGGUGCGGGUGCGCCGUCUAGAAAUUGAACAAGAUUCAUUUUUAUCAAAUAUUUCAUCUCACUGUAGAAGUAUAACGCUUCUCACAGUCUUAGCAGUGAAUUCAGCAAAUUAUUAACAAGAGUUACGAUACCAAGGAUACCAGUAGAAGCAAGAAGUGUCCCUGUCCCUGGCGCGUUUCGAGCAGCCAUGGCGCAAUCGGGAAACCUUGUGUGUUACUACGGCUCUUGGGCUCACUACAGGCAUGAGCCGGCCAAGUACAGUCUGGACGACAUCCCGGUGGACAAGUGCACGCACCUGAUCUACGCCUUCGCUACCUUGGACGCCCGGGACUUCGUGGCCAAGCAACACGACAGCUGGCUGGACGAAGACCUUAAGAACUACAGGAAGUUCGUUCAGCUGAAGAGCAGGAAUCCCAGGUUGAAGGUCCUUCUUGCGCUGGGAGGCUGGACCGAUUCCCAGGGCCCCAAGUACUCGCAGCUGGCGUCGGACUCGGGCAGGCGCGGACGGUUCGUGAGCCAGGUGGUGCAGCUGCUUCUCCAGUAUGGCUUCGACGGCCUCGACCUCGACUGGGAGUUCCCGAAUUCUCAAGAUAAGCACGGAUUCACGGCAUGGGUGCAGGAUCUGAGAAGAGCCUUCGACCCCCACGGCCUUCUGCUGACGGCGGCCGUGAGCGCGGGCAAGAGUGCGAUCGACGCAGGCUACGACGUCCCCCAGCUGGCCAGGCACCUUGACAUGAUUAACUUGAUGGCGUACGACUUCCACGGGUCCUGGGAGGGCACAGUGGCUCAUCAUGCUCCACUGUACGCGGAACCUGGCCAGAGCCCUGAGUUGUGCGCCGACUUUGCUGUCAACUAUUGGAUAAGGAAGGGUGCCCCUCCUCACAAGCUGAUACUGGGUGUGCCAUCUUACGGAAGAUCAUGGACACUGGCUGGGUCUAACAGCUCUCCGGGUGCGGCCGCGGCAGGAGCAGGACGCCAAGGACGAUACAUCCAAGAGAGUGGAAACCUGCCUUUCUUCGAGUGCUGUCUCGCAGAGAAGGAAGGAUGGACGAAGGGGAGGACUCAAGCAGGACCUUACCUGACGAAGGGAGACCAGUGGGUCGGGUAUGACGAUGUCCAAUCUGUGACUCAGAAGGCCCGGUAUGCGGCGAACAAGGGCCUCGGCGGCGUGAUGAUGUGGGACGUCACUACGGACGACUUCAAGAACCUCGGUGGCGAAGGGAAGAACCCGCUCGUGACGGCUAUGUACAGGGCCCUCCGCGGUUGAUGCUGAGGCUCUCGACCUCACCCUGUGUACCUCUCUUGCCUUUUACUUCAUCCCGCUAUUCCUCUACCUUCGCUCUCUUUCGCUUUUCCUCUACCUUCGCGUUCUUUCGAUUUUCCUCUUCCCUUACUUUUACUACGUUCCUUUUCCCUUCUCUUCUAUAUAGUUCUCCACUGAUCCUUCUCACUGUCCUUUCCUACACCUACCCUACCCUAAUGCACAUCCUAUAUUAAUCCACAUGGCAAAUUCAGGCACAAAUAUACCAUUUCUCAAGCCUGUUUUUUCGAUUUUUUUGUUAUUUACACUGGCUUAUAUGGUGUCUCUGUGUACACGUUAUAAAGAAAGUGACCUAGUUAAUUAUUUUGUUAUCAACAAAGGUUCACACACUUGGCACUGGCUCUCAAUCACUUUAUUGAGUAAUUAAUACUUUAUAACAGUUAAUUGACGAGGUGAUGAUUUUUACUUUAUUAUUAUAACAUUAACUUUUCUGAAAUAAACUCCUAAGCAUGCAUGUAGUUAUAGUAUCUCUUAAUGACUCUACUGAGUGGUUAAUUUUCUAUAACAGUUAAUUGAUGUGGUGAUUUUUACUUCAAAAUUAUAACAUUAACUAUUCUGAAAUAAACUCCUAAGCAUACAUGUAUCCGUAGUAAAUAUUAGCCAAUGUAUUAAUUGAAUAAAAAAGUUGGUUCUUU